CCUUUAGGUGUCUCUAUAGCUGCCUGACGGAAAACGUCACUGCGCCGCUUCUGCCCUUCAACGGCAUCAGUUGUUCUCCACAUGCUAAAAUACCAUCGUGUCAGAGUUUGUUAGGCGGCUUUUGAUGCGGCUUUAGGGUUCUUCUCGUCUUACUUCUCCGUUCGGUGUUUUCUCGGGUCCAGUCCACCUCGGCAAUGGAGUGUCGCGUGUUGUCCAUCCAGAGUCAUGUUGUCAGGGGAUACGUCGGGAACAAGUCUGCAACGUUCCCUCUGCAGGUGCUGGGCUUUGAAGUGGACUCCAUCAACUCCGUUCAGUUCUCCAACCACACAGGCUAUGCCCACUGGAAAGGGCAAGUACUGACAGCAGAAGAGCUGAAUGUGCUGUAUGAGGGCAUUAAGCUCAACGAGGUCAACCGCUAUGACUACAUCCUCACAGGGUACAGCAGAGACUCGUCCUUCCUGGAGACGGUGGUGGACAUUAUUCAGGAGCUGAAGAAGGCCAAUCCCAAGCUAGUGUACGUUUGUGACCCUGUCAUGGGAGACCACGGGGCCAUGUACGUUCCAGAGUAUCUGCUGCCAGUCUACAGGGACAAAGUAGUGCCUUUGGCCGAUAUCUUGACCCCCAACCAGUUUGAAGCAGAGCUACUAACUGGGAGGAAAAUCACCACAGAGGAAGAUGCUGUUGAGGUGAUGGAAUUGCUUCACAAAAUGGGCCCAGAGACCGUAGUCCUCACCAGUACGGACCUGCCAUCAAAACGUGGGGACCAGUUCCUGGUGGCCCUCGGGAGCCAAAACAUAGUGAAAGCAGAUGGGACCAAAAGCAGUCAGAAGAUCUGCAUGGACAUGCCCAAAGUGGAUGCUGUGUUUGUGGGGACAGGAGACCUGUUUGCUGCCAUGUUGCUGGCCUGGACCCACCAUCACCCUGAAGACCUGAAGACUGCCUGUGAAAAGACUGCUUCUGUCAUGCACCACGUUAUUAGGAGGACCAUGACGUAUGCCAACGAGAUGGCCGGCCCGGGGAAAAGGCCCAGCCCUGCACAACUGGAGCUGAGGAUGGUUCAGAGCAAAGCCGACAUCGAGAACCCUGCCGUUGUGCUGAACGCUACCGUUUUACACAAGUCUUCCCGCUGAAGACGGUAGCGUUUCCCUGCACGUUGACAUCUUGCUGGUAAAAAAUCAACUUCAAAUCUGAGCGGGCCGCCACACACAUUUAGGAUUGUCACAUUAAAGACUUUUGUGUCUCUGUCUGACAGAAACUCUGAGGAAGUACAACUACUUUUUUCAUGUGCGCCUUCAGCAGGGCUGUGAUUAUAUGUACAUUCUGCUCACAAAAACAGUGGGAAUCACUGCCAUGUUUGUGUACUAUGGUCUGCGUAGACCGCAUCUGCCAUUUAAUAGAAAAAAACACACCAUUAGACAACUAGCUUUAGGUCUGAAGAUAGUUUAAGUGUACUUCAAUCCUUGACGUCAUUAAAUGGUGUAAAACAACCCUUAAAAAGAUGCAUGCAUGACCAUGCCUCUACUUGCUUUGGCUAUGACUGUAAGUAAGGACGAGUCCGUUUAUCAUCCAAUUGUGUGUGUUAUCACCUUCUACAUGCAUUGCAAUGGAUGACUUGUAUUGGAUGUGUAUUGUGAUUCACACAAAAUGACAAACAUUUAAUGCAAAUAACAUGUAUUCUCUACAGUUUCCUUAGCCCAAGUUGUUUCACUGCAAUUGCAAUUUAAUGAUAAUCAUCAGAAUAGUUUUUGACUAAAAUUAUUCCAUUAAUCAACUUUCUGAAAAUGUUUUUCAGCGGCUUUUUUAAUUAUGCAUUGAUGUCUUGAACUAGCUGAUGUAUAACAUGUUAGAUCCAUGUCUUAAUCAUCUCAAAUUGAGGUAUUUGCACAGAUAAUCUUAAUAUAUUUCCUAAUGAUCAUUGUCUUGUUCUUUUCCUGUUGUCAUGUCUUAACGAAAGAGUCUGUAGGAGUCACCAUCCUGUUUAUAGCCUUAAUGGGGGUUAGAAGAUGUUAGAAGAACAACAACAUUGGUUUUGACUGUUUUCAUGUACCAAUGUAAUAAUUGAUCCUCAAGGAUGUUAAAAAUUGAAGUGCCAAACCUCGAGCUGCUGCUCUGACAGAAAAAAAAGAAUAUAACAACAGAAAUAAAUGAUUCAUAUUUUA